AUAUUUUAUUUUCUAAUUGCGCUUUCAAAUUCUCUCUUCUUUUGAUUUGUUUCUAGUACCUUGUUUUCCGCAAGGAAAAAACAGUUUCAGUUUAUGAGAGUAAAGGGAAUUUCGAUCGUCAUGGAAGGGUUUCAUUGAGUUUCUUUUUUUUUUUUAUGAAAAAAAAUAUUCAUUUAGUUUAUUGGUUUGUGAAAAAGUGAAGUGAAAAAGAAGAACAAAGAAAAGAUGCGCAAGUCCUUCAAGGAUUCUCUCAAAGCUCUUGAAGCUGACAUUCAAUUUGCCAAUACUCUAGCUUCUGAUUAUCCAAGAGAAGAUGAUGGAGCCUGCUUUCAAAUGAGAUUGUCUUAUAGCCCAGCUGCUCAAUUUCUUAUGUUUCUGGUUCAGUGGACUGAUUGCCAUCUUGCUGGAGCCCUAGGGUUUCUUAGAAUUCUCAUAUACAAGGUAUAUGAUGAUGGUAAGACAACUAUGUCCAUUUAUGAAAGAAAAGCCAGUCUAAAGGAGUUCUAUGGUAUGAUCUUUCCCUCUUUAUUACAACUCAACAGAGGAAUCACUGAUGUAGAAGAGAGGAAACAAAAGGACUUAUGUGCUACAAAGUACAAGCCUAAAGAUGUGAUUAGAAAAGGAAAGUUGUCUGAAAUUGAUAUAGAGAGAGAAGAAGAAUGUCCUAUUUGUAUGGAGAUGAACAACAAGGUUGUGUUACCAAAUUGCAACCAUUCCUUCUGCAUGAAAUGCUAUAAUGACUGGCAUACAAUAUCUCAAUCUUGCCCUUUCUGCCGCGACAGUCUUACAAGAGUAAACUCAGGUGACCUUUGGAUCUACACGAGCAGCAAUGAGAUAGAUGAUUUAGCAUCAAUCAACAAAGAGAAUUUGAAAAGGCUAUUUAUGUACAUUGACAAGUUGCCUCUGGUUUUGCCAGAUCAAAUAUUCGCGACUUAUCCUCGACACUUUUGAUUUCUAUUUAGUGCUUGUUUGUUUCCGCGUUUGUGUCCAAGUCGAAGCUUUUUUAUUCACUGCGUGUCUGUGGACACACUGUGGAAGCAAACAUUUGCUUAGUGUGUGGUGAGGAUCUUUGGAUCUCCAUGAGCAUCAGUGAGAUAUAUGACUUCAAUCAACAAGGAGAGUUUAAUUUAAUCAGUAAACAUGAAAGAUUCCUCUAAUUGUGCAUAUCUUAUUCUCAACUUUUGAUUUCCAUUUAGUGAAUGGUAGUUUAUAUACUUCAAAUUUAAUUGUCACUUUUCA